AUGGCAGUGAAAGUCACUCAUCCUCCUACCCCUUCAACCCCCUCCGCAAUCAAACAAUUCUCCAACUUCACACGCACAGCAGCAGGCCUUGAAAAAACCCUCCGACUCAUCCAGGCCCUCGCAACCAUCGUCAUCGAAACCAGCAUCGACAACGAAACAGUGACGACCUGGUCAACCGCCAAGUCGCAAUUAGCGCUGACCCGCCGCUUCUUCCGCUUCUUCAACUUUUUUGAUUGUUUCGAGCGGGUGUAUGCGCUCCUCGGCAGCAGUAGCAGUAGCAGUAACAGUUCUGCGAGUGGUAGCGGGACAGGCGCUGACGGGUUUCCGACGACGCUGCUUGAGCUCGGUCGGUGGACGUGUUUGGGGCUGUAUUUUGUGUUGGAGGAUUGUACUAUCCUCCACGCGAUGAACGUCUACCCCGUGCAAUGGAACAAGCCCGUUCUCGUUGAGGCCUACAAGUUCUGGUUCUACGCGUUGGCGUUAUCGAUCGUCGGGGCCUUGUGGGGGUUACUGUUUGGUUCUGCUUCUGGUUCUCCUUCUGCGGGUAAGGUGCAGCAGGAUGAGAAGAAGGGCGGAAGUGGCAAGGAGGGAAAGGAAGGAGGGAGAAAAGAGGUGUCUACGGGGCCUCUAGUGAAGCGGAUUGUGGUUGAUGGCUGUGAUUUGUUGAUUCCUGGAGUGUUUCUGGGAUGGAUUCAGGUGAGCGAUGUGGUGGUGGGCAUGGCAAUGGUGGUGAGUACACUCGUCGCGGGGAGAGAUGUUUGGGUCAAGGCUCAGCAAGCAUAA